CUCGAAACACGAUUAAAUUCGCGAAUCGAAGCAUUCUUCAUAGAUCGGAGAGCCCCGAGAACGAUACUUUUUUCGCAUGCCAACGCAGAGGACGUGUCAAUGAUAUACGGUUGGCUUCGUGAGGUCUCUAUUCGCCUUCAAGUAAAUAUCGCAUCUUACAGCUACACUGGCUACGCUAGAAGUAAAGGAACACCAUCAGAGGAGAACGCGUAUGCUGAUAUUGAUGCAAUGUGGCUCUACCUAACAAAGACUCGCUGCAUAAAAGCAGACCGCAUCGUGUUCUACUCUCGGUCUGUCGGUUCGGGCCCGGCGCUAUAUCUGGCACAAAAGCUGUGCAGGGCAGGAAUGUCACCUGCUGGCAUUGUACUACAGUCUCCAAUCAUGUCUGUAUUUCGUAUAGCGUUCGACUUCCGUCUGACUUUACCGGGAGAUAUGUUUCCAAAUGUGGACCGCAUCAGAGACCUCAGAUGUCCCGUCUUUAUCAUGCAUGGUACCCACGACGAGGUUGUUCCUUUCUGGCAUGGCCAGGGACUCUUUUUGGCGACCUGCAUAAGAUGGCGGCGCAAGCCCUUUUGGAUCUUUGGAGCUGGCCACAAUAAUAUUGAGAUA